CCCGGGGCUCGCACCGCCGCUCGCCAGGCGCCCAGGACUGGACGUGCCCGGGUGGGGACCAGCGCCAUGCUCUUCCGCUUCGGCGUGGUGGUGCCGCCCGCGGUGGCCGGCGCGCGGCCCGAGCUGCUGCUCGCGGGAUCGCGGCCCGAGCUGGGCCGCUGGGAGCCACGCGGGGCCGUGCGACUCAGACCCGCGGGCACCGCGGCGGGGGCGGCCGCGCUGGCGCUGCAGGAGCCCGGCCUGUGGCUCGCCGAAGUGGAGCUGGCGCCCGACGAGGGGGCGGCCGGCGGGCCGGAGUCGGGCCGCGUGGACACGUUCUGGUACAAGUUCCUGCAGCGCGAGCCGGGAGGCGAGCUGCGCUGGGAAGAAGGAGCAGGAAGCUGGUUGGUCACAUUUUAUCGACACCCAGGAAACAGAGAAAGAACCAGAAGGGAGGUGAAGCUAUAAACCCUCAAGGCAAUGGACCUCACCAUGACCGUUGCUGUACAUAUAAUGAAAACAACUUAGUGGAUGGUGUUUAUUGUCUCCCAGUAGGACACUGGAUUGAGGCCACUGGGCACACCAAUGAAAUGAAGCACACAACAGACUUCUAUUUUAAUAUUGCAGGCCACCAAGCCAUGCAUUAUUCAAGAAUUCUACCAAAUGUCUGGCUGGGUAGCUGCCCUCGCCAGCUAGAACAUGUGACCAUCAAACUGAAGCAUGAAUUAGGAAUUACAGCUGUCAUGAAUUUCCAGACCGAAUGGGAUAUCAUCCAGAAUUCUUCAGGCUGUAACCGCUACCCUGAACCCAUGACUCCAGACACCAUGAUGAAGCUGUACAAGGAAGAAGGCUUGGCCUACAUCUGGAUGCCCACACCAGACAUGAGCACUGAGGGCCGAGUGCAGAUGCUGCCACAGGCUGUGUGCCUCCUGCACGCCCUCCUGGAGAACGGACACACCGUGUAUGUCCACUGCAACGCUGGGGUGGGCCGCUCCACAGCUGCAGUGUGCGGCUGGCUCCACUACGUGAUCGGCUGGAGUCUGCGGAAGGUGCAGUACUUCGUCAUGGCCAAGAGGCCUGCGGUCUACAUUGAUGAAGACGCCUUGGCCCGGGCACAGGAAGACUUCUUUCAGAAGUUUGGGAAGAUUCACUCUUCCAUAUGCAGCUUGUAGGCGACCAGAUUGCCUCUCGUAGUUGUCUUAAUAAGGAACCAGGGGUGUGGUUAGUGGAAGGCCUAUAGACAAAGACCCCAUCGGAACUGCGGGGACUGUCGCCCUCAGGACCCCUGGGCAUACCUUCUAUUACAGCUUGGUAGGGCUUACCUUUGAAAUAUUUUACAAAGGCAAACUGCGAGCCACAUGAGAAAUAUUCAAAGUCAGCUGGGCAGUGGUGGUAUGGAUGCCACAGUUGCUGCUGCCAUAGGCCAGGGCCUUUGCUUACGGGCCCUGCAUAGACUGUUAGGGAUUUGUGAUGCUUUGGCAUGCGGAAGACGAGAGUGGUUAUGUGGAUUUUAUCAUUACUGUGAGUGACAGACAGACAGACAGACACACACACACACACAGCAUGUACACACGUGCACAAACACAUACAACAUUUUACUGACCUGAAAUUAUAGACAUUUGCCAGUGGAAGGGAGAAGUAUAUACACCUGAAUAUGACGCAGAAAGAGCUCGCCAUGGGCAUAAAACAUCAGUUUUCUAUAAUUUUCUUUAUUCCAUUUCAUAGUUGUCAACAUCUCUGAGGCACCUCCUUAUUGUCCUGUCCUCCUCACAUGACAGCAGAAGUCGUUAGCCCUCUGUUUCUUCUGGCCUUCUAAUUGCUAUUCCCCCCCCCUCAAGACAGAGUUUGUAUUACUCACUUUAGUAUAACAUAACACACAAAGGUCAGUCUUUAACUCAUGGUGAUCUUUCUGCCUCAGUCUCCCAAGAACUGGGAUUAUGGUGUAUGCUUCCAUACUCAGUACCACCAUUUUUCAGUUUUGUCUUUUUGAGCAUAGCUGACUUGCCCAAGUCUCAUGGUAAGCAGGAACAAGAUGAAGUUUGUAAUUCAAUUUAUCUGGCUCGGUGCUGCCUUCCCUGCGAUUAGUCUUUCAGCAGACUAUCAUGGGUGUAGCUUUGUCUGUCUCAGGUCACUAUCCCUGCAGUUGUUUCUACAGUGAGAAAUGGGACAAUGUUCUGAUCAGCUCCCAAAGAAUUUGGGAAAACCAUUUUAUUCUGCUCAACCUCCUUUAAGCUGUGGUGUGUGAUCUCAAGGUCAUGAGUGGAAGGAGCCUGAGGAGGUCAUGUCCAGAGAUCAGUGUUGGGCAGCUAGGGGCCGACCCUGGCUUAGUACUCAAUUCAGUAUAACACACAUUGCUGUUCCUCCCAGACAUGUGGUUUAUUCCAUUAGGUUUUAUCAGAAGUACAAAUGUCAGCAAAACUUUGCCUUGCAAGAUGUAGAAUGUAGAAACAGAUCUGUGUUCCAUCCUCAGGAAGACAGUCCCCAACUAACAUAUUAGGGCACAGAAGGGACUUAUCUUUAGUUGAGUGCCACUGUGUGCCAGUUGAUUUCCUAUGUCUAAUGCCAUCACAGUUCACUCUGGGAAGGGUUAUUGUGUCUGUUGAGAUGGGGAAGUGAAGCCCAGAGAGACAAAAACACCUGUGGACUGCCAUUGUCGUCGAUGGAGGCCAUGAGAUGAGAUGCAAAGCUAGGUUCAUCUCUCAGAUCCCAUACCGUCAAAAGUUAAAGUGUGAUAUUUAAAUGUGUUUCUCUUCCUUAUUUUAGAAACGUGUUAAUAGAUGGCAGCGAUGGUGAUUUGGGAGGCAGAGGGGACAAGAAGGCCACAGCCUGAGUUCCAGUAGUGUUCAGAAUAGAGAGAGAUGUCUCAGAAUGAAGGCACUCAGAGGAGGUAGCAAAGGGGGGGGGGGAGAAAGAGAAAGAGAGAUGUUUCAACAUGACAGUAAGACACCCAGGGGAGGUGGCGUUUGUUUUGAAUAGAGUACCCUACACGAAACAUUUCUCCUACAGUUACAAAGUACCCGGCCUCUCCUACAAAAUAUAGCUAGAUGCAGCACCUAUGUCUAAGAGCCAAUUUAUAAUUACAAUGUAUUAGGUAAAAUUUAAUUUUUAAAUGGGAUAUUUUAAACGAAUAUAAUGGUGUGUGUGUGUGUGUGUGUGUGUGUGUGUGUGUGUGUGUGAGAGAGAGAGAGAGAGAGAGAGAGAGAGAGAGAGAGAGAGAGAGACUUAAUGUCUUAAGAAAUCCAUCUGUACAAAUGCCUCUGUACAGUGGCCUUUUCCAGGUGGCUUUUUAUCUAUGGCUCUGAUGAAAUUGUUUAGAACUACAGAUGAACGUUUUAGAAUGACCCCACUUGCCCUCAGUUAGUGGGUUGUCUAAUGUAUCUCAAAAAUCACCUGGGAGCUUUGCUAAAUAAAAGCAUAAAAAAAGA